AUGAAAGGAGGAAACCUCACCGUUUGGAGCUUUUUUUUCCUGGAGGGUUUUUCUAGAUACCCGAAGUUAGAGAUUGUUCUCUUCGUCUUCAGCCUUGUGAUGUAUCUGAUAACUCUCUUGGGCAACAGCACUCUGAUCUUGAUCACUGUCCUAGAUUCACGCCUCCAAACCCCCAUGUACUUUUUCCUUGGAAAUCUGUCUUUCAUGGAUAUCUGUUACACAUCUGCAUCGAUUCCCACUUUGCUGGUGAACUUGCUCUCAUCCCAGAAAACCAUUGUCUUUUCUGGGUGCAUGGUACAGAUGUAUUUGUCCCUCGCCAUGGGCUCCACAGAGUGCGUGCUCCUGGCUGUGAUGGCAUAUGACCGUUACGUGGCCAUUUGCCACCCACUGAGAUACCCCAUCAUCAUGAACAGGCAGGUCUGUGUGCAGAUGGCCACUGUCUCCUGGGUGACGGGGUGUGUGACCGCCCUGCUGGAAACCAGUUUCGCCCUGCGGGUGCCCCUCUGUAGGAAUCUCAUCGAUCACUUCACGUGUGAAAUUCUGGCCGUGCUGAAGUUAGCUUGCACGAGUUCACUGCUCAUGGACAUGAUCAUGCUGGUGGUCAGCGUGCUCCUCCUGCCUAUUCCGAUGCUCUUGAUUUGCAUCUCUUAUGUCUUCAUCCUUUCCACUAUUCUGAGAAUCAGCUCAGCGGAGGGAAGAAACAAAGCUUUUUCCACCUGUGGUGCCCACCUGACUGUGGUGAUCUUGUAUUUUGGGGCCGCCCUGUCUAUGUACCUAAAGCCUUCUUCAUCAAGUUCACAAGAAGUAGAUAAGAUCAUCUCGCUGCUUUAUGGAGUGCUGACCCCAAUGUUGAACCCCAUAAUUUACAGCUUAAGGAACAAAGAAGUCAAAGGUGCCGUGAGAAAAGUACUGGGCCAGACACCAUUGUAUCAAACACAUGAAAAUCUCUGA